AAAGAAAUGUUAUAAAUAAAUCGAUCAUGGUGGAUUGUUUAACAUAAAAUCGAAUUUGUUUGACCAGUGAACAUGGUCUUGAAUUGAAAAUUCUAAUUACUUCAUCGGAGUAACCCUCAGUGAUGGAUUCUGUCAUCUUCUCCAGCGUGCUGUUUAUCUUCUAUGGUGUCCUUUUAAUCUUCACCGGUAUAAUAUCAUUGAUAAAUUAAUUAAAAUUUCAGAAAAAAAAAAACAAAUAAAUUUGUGCAUUUAAUGCUAUUAGGCGCCAAGAUUUUCGCCAGCCAUUUUCCCGCUUACAUAGCUCCUUAGGCGCCAUUAAGGGUGAAAGUUUUCCCCUUUAUUUUCCUUUUUUUUUUGGCUUUUGCUGAUGUGGCAGCCUCUCAUUGGUAUUGUAUGUAAGGUCCACAUACUACAAUGAAUGCAUGUGUAUCAUUGUCCCUUCAUUUAUCCCGUCUUCAAAGUUUCUCAAUUACAUAAAGUAUUUACUCAAGUAGCAACAAAUCCACUCAAUUUUGUAAAAAUAAUAAUAAUAAUAAAAAUAAAAUAAAUAAAAUAAAAUAAAAAUAAAAAAAAAAACCUACUCUAGUCACAAAGCCUAAAUUGCAAAUACUUUGUGAGAUAUGAUAUCCAAAUUACGCCCAACAAAUUCCUCUUUUUAUCUCUAUCAAAUCCAGAAGAUCACCAUUGAAGUUUACCUACAAUCAUAUUCAUAUCUCAACCUUGAAGCUCCACCAUUGUUGUCUCUUCAUCUCUCAGCUCCAUAGGAUAUGUUGGAAUCAAAGUGGAAGCACUUGGGAGAACUCAAAAAUAAUGCUAUGGAAAAUACUUCAAAUAUUACAGUUGAUUCGGGUUUGUGUGGAGAGGAUGGUUGGACUAUUGUUAAGAAACAGAGAGUUAACAUUCUAAUACCUCGUCUUCCCAGUACUGAGCAAUCUUCCGUGCCUGAUCUUGAACAAGGUCAGCUGCGUGGAAGUUUGUCUUGUAAUAUGACUAAUAAUCCAUCUGAGCUUCCGUUGGAGAAGCCUCUGAAGGCAAAUUUUAUAGAGGGAAAUGAUGAAUCACUGUCUUUGUCUUCGAAAUCAAAUACUCAAUCUAGUGCAAAAGUUCAUUCUCCUGUAGAUAAUGCAGUAGCAAUUCUGAAUUCACGAAAGCCAGUUUUGAGGAGACUGGCUUCGGAGGACCAAGUAGGUGUUUCGAUAUCCUUCUCUGGAAAGACGGAAAAUUAUCUGAAAUUCCGUAAAACUUCUCCAAAGCUUGUCAGAACUACCAUGCAACAAGACCUAUCUGUUAUCUGCACACCAUCCAUUACCAUCAAAUAUUUCAAUAAGAAGAUGCGGGCAUCAAAUCUCGAAAGAAACAUAAUAAUUGCGGGUGGAUUGGGCAAGUGGCUUUAUUCUCUUGGACUGGAACAAUUUGAGAGAAUUCUCCAUGCAAAAAAUGUCAAUAAAUAUCAGUUGGUAGAUCUGUCUAUGAAGAAGCUAAAGGAUAUGGGUGUUCAUGCUGUUGGACCUAGAAGAAAGUUAAUUCAUGCUAUAGAGUGUGUUUGUCAUCCUUACAGUUUUGAACCUUUUAAAAAUUUUCAGUCUCAAUUGAGAUAGUGAUCAGUGAAUCAAAGCUCAUGUCUUCUAUGUGUUCUCUAGUGUGUAUAAUACGAGUAUACAAGUUCUACCCAAUAUGGAGUUGUUUUUGUUUUGUUUUGUUUUGUUUUGUUUUGUUUUUUUUUUUUUUUAAUUUUUCGCUGCAUUGUGGAGCUUAUUUUUUAUUACUAGAGUAUAAAAAGUCUAAUUUUAGAAGUACUUGCCAUUUUUAUGGAUUAAUGAAGCAUUUUCAGUUAUAGUAUUAGUAGUUUACUACUCGUUCUCGCUGCAUGGUGUCAGAUGCCUCAAUUAAACGCUUAGAGAUAUUUUGCUCGAAAGUUUUUAGUUUUUUACUGGUGCAUCAAUGUGUAUAAGCCUCUUUUAGCGCUGUGGUUGUUGCACCAUGUCAUUUAUAUACUGGUAUCUUUUGUGUUAGGAAUUUUUCCUCAAAUAUCAGAUUCUGCAGUUUUCGAAUGCCGAUAUGCACUGAUGCACAUGGUUGAUAUAUCCUUGCCUGCUACUUGAAAGCAGCCUGCAUAGCAUAAGGAUUGCUAAAGUGCAAUCUACUUUUUGCACGGUUGCACCCCAAAGGAUAGAAUCCAACCAUUUACCCAAAGAUUAUGCAGUGAUGCUGAACUGCAUUACUAAUAAAUCCGAGCAGGACCUCCUGAUUUUUAACAGCAUUCUACCAAGGUGUCUGUUUCAAAUGUAAUAAUUUGUUUUUGACAACUUGUAUCAAACGUAUUAUGUUUACAAUCUAUUAACAUAAUUUUUGCAGAGAAGGCAUAUGAUACAUACAAUAACCUUUUAUAUGGCUAUUUUAUUUAUGUUUGUGAAGUCUAGAUUACCCUGGUUAUAAAAAAAAAAAAAAAAAAAAAAAAAAAAAAAAAAAAAAAAAAAAAAAAAAA